GAAACGGAAGCGGCGUGGAGUGUCAAAUUGAAAAUAGAAAUGGCGGGGUGUGUAAGAUCUUAGCGCUGUAACUGUGAAAAUGUAACGACUGGCAAACUGUGUGAUGCCGAAGGUUAGGGAGAAGAUUUCCAAAACGCAAGAUAAUGGUAUCGCAAAGCAACAAAGAGUAUUAAGCCAGUUAAAGCUAACAAGCCACUUUUUGUUUAGUAACGUCGGGAGUUCCCUCCCGUUAGCUAAAAUUAGCUUCCAGUGGACCGUUUUUUCCUUUUUAUCCACUGCCAACGUUGCAUUAAGUUAUCGCCGACACUAAGGUUGUAAUUUUAACUGUGCCUAGUAAACUGAAACAAACUUAAUUUAAACUGACUUCCACAGGUGUUACUUAUUUUGGUCUGUUUUUGAGUCGCCAAAUAACAUAAAUGAAUAGCAGUUAAAUAGAUAACUUUACGGUUACGUCCGUCAUCGGCCUACCUGCUACAUCGCUGGGUGUUGGAUAUCCAUUGAAACCAGAGACCAUGUCUGUCAAUGGGAAAGUCAUCCCACACACCCCGCUGGCCGUAGACUUCUGGCAGGUGCGGAAGUGUCCAGGCACCCGGCUGUUUUUCUUGUCCCAUAUGCACAGCGACCACACGGUGGGUUUGACCUCCACCUGGUGCAACCGGCCGAUCUACUGCUCACCAACCACUGCUACACUGCUCAGACUAAAGCUGCAGGUGAAAGAACAGUGGAUCCAUCCAUUAGAGGUGGGUGAGCCACACCUGCUUCCGCUGGAUGACAUCGGCAAGGAGAGGCUGACAGUCACCCUGAUAGAUGCCAACCACUGUCCUGGGGCUGUCAUGUUUCUCUUCGAAGGCUACUUUGGCUCUAUACUGUACACUGGUGACUUCAGAUAUACUCCCACAAUGCUGCGUGAGCCGUGCCUGAGGACAAACACCACUAUAGAUGUCCUGUACCUGGACAACACCAACUGUGACCCCAACCGCACCCUCCCCUCCAGACAGCGAGCCACUCAACAAAUCAAAGAGAUCGUCCGCAGCCACCCCAAUCACGAUGUUGUCAUAGGUCUGUAUGCACUGGGAAAGGAGUCCCUGCUAUUGGAGCUGGCAAUGGAGUUUAAAACCUGGAUCGAGGUGAGCUUUGAGAGGAUGGAGACCCUCAAAGCACUGGAGCUGCCUGACGUUUUCACCACUGACCCGGGAGCCGGUCGUAUCCGAGCCGUGGAGCAGUCAGAGAUCCGUUCUGCCACUUUGCACGAGUGGAACAAAGAACAACCCACUCUGGCCAUCUUGCCCACCAGCAGGCCCCUGGUCUCCUUCCACCCCAAUGUCCAUGUGGUGCCCUACUCAGACCACUCCUCUUAUCAAGAGCUGGAGGAUUUUGUCUCUGCGCUUAAACCUACCUCCCUUGUACCCAUUGUAGGAAACUAUGUACCUGGAAGUCUCUCUGCCUUACUGCCCAGCAAAAAGCGCCAUGAAAUCCUGGUGCCUGAGUCAGUCCAACACUACAUGUUUGGACAGCCUGAGGGCCGCCUCAGCUCAUCAGCAUACACCAGCCUUCACCGUAGACGCUUCCGACCUCUUGCUCCCAAAGGGGUGGUAUUUGAGUCUCCUGCAAAGAGAUCCAGGAGGUCAUGCAAAGAUGUCUGGGGAGCAGAAUGCCCGCAGCAGGAUGCUUCUGAGGAAGAAAUGGACACAGAAAGUAGUGAAAAGGACUCUGACUGUAUCCUUAUUGACAUCAGCAAGAGACUCACCCCAAACAAAAACAGAGGAGGGGCAGGAGACAUUUGGAGUCUCAACAUUGUCCAGACAGUCUCUGAAGACAUGAUGAUGGCAGAGUCAGUGCCACUCAGUCAGCUCACCCAGAGUAACUUUGCUCCUGUGGAGAUUCGGACAAACACCAAGGCCUGCUUAAAGCCUGUCAGGACCAUGAGAAGGCCUUUUGAUACUAACGCCAAAAUAAUCAACAAGACAGCAUCAAGUCAAAAUUACAGUAGUCAACACAGCAGACAUGGAAAUGUUGAGAAGAACCACACGCUGUCAGACGACGAUAGCCUGAGUCAGCACAGUGGACAUGGAAUCGAUUGGGAAGACGACAUAACGUCAAAUGACAAUAACAUGAGUCAGCACAACGAACAUGAAAAUGAUCAGGACAACAGUAUGACAUUAUUGCAGAACAGCCCCGAUAACAAUUCCUGCAGUUCAUCUAGCUCCUUGAAUGACCUGCGGGAGGAGUGUCUAGAGGAGCUUGAAAACAGAUUUUUAAAGAGUCCCCUCUUCACAGAGGAGGACAUUAAGACCUGGGGCCUCCUGCAGCAGAGCUUUGUGCAACAGUUCCCCCUCUGUCCACUAUAUGAUGCAAAAGAGGACGACAUCUCAGGCAAAUAAUGUGACCUGACAUUUAAGUUUUUGCCUUGCUUUUGAGGACUUUUAGAGUUUUUUGUGUGUUAACAUAAGCACUUUAAAGCCACGGCACUAUUUUCUGUGCUCUGCCCUUGGUAACGUUCUACUUUGUAUAAUCUUCUUUGUGAUGCAUCCAUUUUGUGUGGGUGGCAUGGAGUUUAGAAAAGCAGACUUCUAAUCAAAAGUCACAAGUUGGUCCCUGGACCGGACCUGUAGAUGAUGGUGAUGAACGUGGAAGUGUAAGUCAGGGCAGCUUUCGGUGGUUAAAAUAAAUCAUCCUCAUUUCUCAUUUGAAAAAACAAAACAAAAAAUGGUCUUCCUUGUUAUGGUGGAAAAAACUAAUCAGAGACCUUUAUGGACUGGUAUAUUAAUGUAUACAAUGGACCAGGCUGAGUCACAGCUUACAGUAGUCAGUAACUGAUGUUUGGAAAGUCACAUUUUCACAAUAUAGAUAAGUAAGCGUAUUUCUGUUUUGUUUUUUCUUUUUCUUUUUUUCGCCCUGAGAACCAGCUGUUUUGAAACUCUGGUCAUUUUUUCGUUCUUAGUUUUUGAGCAGUUGAAAAUGAGAGUCAGGGGGUGUUGUAGUGCUUUGAAAUAUAAGUGGAUGGAGAUGUUUUUGCUGCUGCACAGAACUAUGAGUUAUGAGCCAAAAUCUGAAUUCAGUUUUAGCCUAAAAGCUAAUACGAAGUGAGAAAAAUGUCUUUCCCAUAUGCCAGCAGAGCCUUUUUCAGUUAAACUUUAAUUUUUAUAUUUUUACUCUGUGUGAAUAAGGCCCUGUUUGAGUAAGUUUGGUUCGGUUUUGGUAUCAUCUGUAUUUUGCAGUUUUGAGUCAAGAGGAGGUUGCUGCACUGGUACUUUUUAAUGAAAAAAACAAACCAAUGCUUCUUGUGAUUGUCUUUGUAACUGUACGCCUUUCUGAGUUUUGAGUUUAGCAGCUAUGGCAUAGUUCUUUUCUUUGUUAGUCCACCACUGAAGAAAAAGUAGUGUGAAACAAUUCCAAAAAAACCUUCAGCCUGACUUUUUUUUUUUUUUUUUUUUUCUUUCAAGGAACUGGUCAUUAUUCAAAAAUGUGAGUAUAAUUGUAUAACACGUGAUGUGUGUUUCAUAGUGUUUUUUGUUCCUCAUGACCACCUUUGCCAACUCCAAAAAGUAGCUGCUGUUAUCCUUUUUACACAUUUUGCUUAGAGGUGACAUAAACCAGCGGUGUGCAGCUCAGCUGCCGUCUGGGAAUAUAAUACAUCACUGGCGGUGUUAAUCCCAAAUCUUAUCUGUUGGACAACAGUACUCUAUAAAUCUCAUUGACCUUUUAACACUUACGAAGCCACACUUUGCCUUUAUGUUUGGGAAAAAAAAUUAUACUUUUGGCUUUAAUAGGCUCUAAUAGGAAAAUGUGUGUUUAACGUGAUGCAUUACUACAUACUGUAUUUGCCUUUAUGUUUCAUAUUCAUGAACAAAGCAGCAUUGUCUUCAUGAUAAAGGAAAAUGUCUCCCCAGAAAGAUUAAUGUAUUGUGAAGUAAGAGAAAAAGCAAACUGUAAUACAUGUAACUGUGUUGAAUGCAGGCUCCUUAUGUGCCAAUUGAUUCCGUAGUAAAUUACAGAUUAUUUGCAAUUUAAUGUGCUUUGGUGACCCUUUCAAAUUUCCACGUUUAAGCCUGAUAACUAAAGACCUGUAGCACAGAGACUUGUUUUUAGCAGCUACUGUACAUGUAAGCAAAGGAAUCACAGCUUUUUCCUGCUGCAGUGUUGUUAUCUUUCGUAAGAUGGCAGUAGCUUGUUAAAAAAUGUCAGCAGGAGCUUUUACUCUGAGUCUUGCAUCUUAUUUAAAUAGGCGUUUAGGUUUUUCCAGCAUGUCUCAUUUUUGUAAAACAAACAAAUAAAUAAAUAAAAUCGUGUAUAUUUGGUAGCUAAUAGCAUGCUGAGCAGUAAUGGCUCGGCUCUCAACUAAAUCCC